GAGUAAACCAAUUUUGGCAGUCGCUGGCGCAUGCCAUGCCUUAUUUUUCCUGACCAAGUCUUUUUCAGGCUGUACGAUCAGAAAUCAAAAUGACGGAAGCCAGGAUUCGAACCCGCAAAUUUAUGACCAACAGGUUGUUGAGUCGCAAGCAGAUGGUGGUGGAUGUUAAACAUCCUGGACAGCCUUCUGUCAGAAAAACAGAAAUCCGCGAAAAACUCGCGAAAAUGUACAAAGUGACCCCAGACGUUGUUUUUGUUUUUGGCUUUCGUACUGACUUUGGUGGUGGCAAGUCAACUGGCUUUGCUCUUGUCUAUGACACUUUAGACUUUGCCAAAAAGUUUGAACCCAAAUACAGGCUCCAGCGACAUGGAUUAUAUGAAAAACAAAAGCAGACAAGAAAACAGAGGAAAGAAAGAAAGAACAGAAUGAAGAAGGUUAGAGGUACCAAGAAGAGCAAAGUAGGAGCUGCAUCUAAGAAGUAAACACCAUCACAUUUUCAUGAUGAAGGAUGCAAUUAUUCAACCUAAAUUAAUGUAAGCUCUAAGAAUAAAUCCAUUUUUUGUGACGACAAUUAACAUGGUUUCAUUUUAUAUAUAUACCUGAAAAUCUACUAUUUUAGUAAAAUA